AUGAAGAAAAUUCAAUCGAACCUCAAUGUAUCGACAGAGGACCCGCUCAAGAUUUGGGAUCUGACGGAACGGCUGGGCGAGGGCGGGGUGGGCACGGUGUGGAAGGCCAUCAACAAGCGCAACGGCCAAGUGGCUGCCGUAAAGAUCAUCGGCCUCGACGGCAACGACGAAGGUCUGGAGGACAUUCUGAUUGAAAUCAACAUUCUCAAGGAUUGCCAACACGAAAAUGUGGUUGGUUAUUAUGGCUCCUACCUCAACAAGGGCAAGGAGUUGUGGAUAGCCAUGGAGUUCUGCGGCGGCGGUUCGGUGAGCGAUUGUGAAGACAUCCUGGACGAGCCGCUAACUGAGGAGCAGAUCGCCAUCAUCUGUCGCCAGUCGCUGCGGGGCCUCGAGUACCUCCACAACCAGAAGAAGAUCCACCGUGACAUCAAGGCCGGCAACAUCCUCCUCACCAAGACCGGCGACAUCAAGCUCGCCGACUUUGGCGUCUCGGCGCAGCUCACUAGCACGCUCUCAAAGAAGAACUCCUUCAUCGGCACCCCCUACUGGAUGGCGCCGGAGGUGAUCGAAGGCGAGCACUACGACUUCAAAUGCGACGUGUGGUCGCUGGGCAUCACCGCCAUCGAAAUGGCCGAGCUUCUGCCGCCCUACUCGGAGAUCCAUCCCAUGCGAGCCCUCUUCCAGAUCCCCAAGAACCCGGCGCCCAAGCUGCAGGACACCGAGAAAUGGACGCCAGAGUUUCAGGACUUUGUCAAGCGGUGCCUGGUCAAGCUGCCCAAGAAACGCGCUUCCGUCAAGGAGCUGCUCGAGCAUCCCUUCAUCACAAAAAACCGCAACAAGGCCGGACUCAUUGAGCUCAUUGAUCGCUGCAACGAGGCCGUGGCCCAAAGGGGCUACCGCUUCGCCUCCGACUCGGACGAGGACGACGACUCGGCUUCGGAGGUGGGCGACACCUGGAAGCGCGGUGACCUCUACAAAAAAUCCAACGAGGACGACUCGAGCGACAGCGACGACGAGUCCGAAUCGGACGACGAGGCGUCCGAGGUGCGGAAGCAGCCGGCCGCCGCGGCCAAGGGUCCGAUCGUAAAGGUGGAGAACGAGAACCGGGAGGUGCGGGAGCGGCUCGAGGCCGAGCGGCGGGCCAAGGACGACGUCGCGCCCAAGCCGCCGCGAAAGGAGGAGCCCGUCGACAGCGGCAGCGAGAGCGACACCGAGGACGAUGACGACGACGCCAACUGGGGCUACGACACUGUGAAGGGCCGCCCGGCCAAGGCCAAGGCCAAGGCCAAGGACACGCUCGAGCGCAAGCACAGCAAGAAGGCCGCCGCCGUAGCCGGCGCGGUCAAGGAGCCCGAGGAGGGCGAGGUGGUGGACGACGUGCUCGCGAGGAGCAUGGCCGGCGCCAAGAUCGAGGGCGAGGGCGGCAAGAGGAGCAAGCUGGCCGGCGGGACCUGGAACGGCGGCGACAACAACAAGGCGACGGUGAGGUCGACGUGGAGGAGGAACCUCUGGAAGCAGCUCGCCGGCGGUGGCCCCGGCAUGUGA